UUUAUAAAACAGCCAAAGAACUGUUAAAUAGACCGUGUUUACUAAGUUACCCGACUCUCCACAACUCAGUGUCCUGUGACCCGGGCAGUUGACUGGACCGAGGACCAUGGCGAGCUCAGAGAUACUGUCUGGACUGAUCAUACUCGGCCUCUUUAUCGUCCUGUGCUCUGGACAAACUUCCCAAGAACUAUCCUCAGAUGACACACAACUGUCCCAGCAGGAAACGGAGAAAGAAUUGGUUGAGGCAAUGACAGCACUUUUGGGGAGAUAUCAGACAAAUUUACCAACUUCAGAAAAACGUGGCAUUCCACAGUGUGCUGUGGGGUCCCGCUGCGCCAUGAGAUUUGGUCCACGCUUUGGAAAAUUGUGUGAAUGUGUCAGAGGAUCCAACUGUAACUCAUUUCUUCUAAAAUGCAUCUGAAUCAUUAAAAAGAAGCGAAUCCAUCAUCCUUUCUUGACGCAUAAUGUCAUGCACAAAUGAUGACCUGAAAGACGCAGAGGGUGGAAAUCUGUUUUCUGAAUCACUUGUACAAGGUCUAUGACAAGUAUUCAUCAAAACGCAGCAUGACAAACAAAGCAUGGGUUUUAUGUGUUUAUUUAUAUUUUUUGGUUGUCUUGUGUUAUCAAUAAACAUUAUUAUUCUUCAGCACA